AGCGACAGUAAACGUUGACCUUCCUUGACAACAAGAAGCAAGUUGGCGAGUUACAAAAUCUGCUUGAAAAAGAGAGAAAAUGACUACCGAUUUCUUUAAGAUGUAGAUCGAGACAGUAAAUGGACCAAGCUGACAAGCAGUAAACGUAAGAUGACAACAGCAGUGACCCCAAUGCCAGAGAUGGCUAAUGUGGGCGGGAGAGAUCCCAGUCCCCCUUUAGAACCCAAGGGAGACAGCAGGGAUAGCCCCACCCCCAGAAAGACAAAGGUGCUUGUCGCCAAAACUGAAGGUCAAAGCAUAGCCACCCUACCAGACCUCCGAUCCAGCGACAAGGACAUUGACAAGACCAAGCCCUUGCCAACCUCGCUCCAGAGUGAGUUCAUCCCGGAGGACAUACUGAACGCCCUGACCAACAUCCCCACCCCUGGGGUCAAGGAGAAGAUGAAACAGAAGGGGGUGCAGAAGGCUAAGGCAAAGGUUCCCAAAGGCGGAGCACCAGCCGCCAACAUGUGGAACUUUCCCAACCGCCGACGUCGCUUCCAGCAUCUGACGGACCAACCGAUCUCGAUGACUGGGGCUGGAAGGGAUAUAUCGUUCUUGUAUGAUGUUGCUUUCACUGAUAAAGCUCCUGACAGAGUGGAUCCAACGCAAGAUCCCAGUUCUGUCAGGGCCCUGUCCAAACAAGCAGACCAAGACAAGGGGAUGAGCGUUCCAGACUCCCUGAUCCCGUCUGAGUACCACGUUGUCAAAGCAAAAGGAGUACAGCAUCUCGAGUUUCAAGAAGACAAAUACACCACCAAUCUGAUGGACACUGAGAAGAAUCAAGUGGCUUUCCCAUCACUGAAACCGUCCAGUAGAUAUGAAGUCCUACAGCUGAAGGAGACGAUGGAUUCCAUGAUAGACAAAGCAGGAAUAGAUGAUGAAGAGGUUGAGAUUAAAGGACCAACGCAGAUGCACAAUCUUCUUGAGUUAAUCAAGAAGGAGCAGAACAUAUACAAUCUCAUCUUCCACGAGCUGAUAAGACAGGUGAGUGUGGAAUGUGCAGAGAGGGGUGAACUUUUAGCAAACCUUCGACAGAGAUACAGUAAAUUGUUGGAUAAGGUUCCUCGGCAAGUCAAAAGCUUGCAUCAGGAGGUGAUGGCCCAGAGAGCCCUGGAUAGGAGGUUGACUGAGGAGCUGUUCCGUUUCAAGACUUCCAUUUCUCAGCUCACCAAUGAGUUAUCUGAUGUCAGAGAGCAUGAUAAGGUCGUGACCUCGCAGGCACAGCAAGCACAACAAGAGCUUGCUGCAGCACUAGCAGAGUCUGAAAAGAAUGCGGGGCUGCUGGCUGAGUAUCAUGAGUUGUACGAGUUACAGCGGGCUCGCCUUGAGUCUCAAGUCAUUGCACUGUCCAGGGAGAAGGAACUGUGGAGUGGGGCAGCCUAUAAUCUUGCACUCAAGGUCACCGAGGCCAACUCACUGGCCACGGCCCGCCGCCUCCACAUCAGUGAGCGGCUCUGGUCCAAGCUGGCUAACCACUUCACCAUCGUCUUGAGUGACCGUGACACCGAGGAGUUGUCACAGCUGCAGGUCUGCAUUGCCACUCACCGCCAGCUAACCCUCGCCUUUGCCGAGGAGCUGAAGGCCGGCGACGAGCGGUCCCACGGCCGAUUACAGGCCAUUGGCAAAGGCAUCGAGAAGUGGAUUCAGGAAUUUGACCAGUUUGUGGUCUUGCAAAAGGAAGGCAGCGUGACGUCUGGUGCCACUAGUGUGAGAGAAUCAAGGGCAAGCCACGAUAACAUUCAGACCGUCGUCCAAGCGCCGCCCGUGGAAAUGAUACAGAAACUCUACGACGACAUCAGAUCUUGGGAAGAGCAAUUGAAUAAAGAAGUGGAGAAGUACGGCGGGGACAUCUUGCUUGGAUUUGAAGAGAGCAUGUACAGUAUCAAGAAGCAGGUGGAGAUGUGGACGGAGGUGGCCUUGCACAUCUUCAACCGUCACCGACCGGAAGACGGAUCGGACUACCCGGAGCACAAACGACUGCUGAAGAUGAACAAGUUAACUCAGGAUGUCAAACAGGAGUGUGACAUGCUGCACCAACAGUUCCAGAUACGAGUCAACGGGGAGAACGGCUCGGCUAAAGGCUUCAUCCAGAUUGCCAAUGCCUUGGAGAGCUGGGACACCAAACUCAACUCCAUCCUGAACGGGGGCGCCAUGCCCCUAGAGAGCGAAUGGAUGAGGCUGUACGAGCUCUUCAGUGAUUGGCUGGUGACCAUUGAUGAGACGGCCGGCUGUAUCGGCAGCACACAGAAGGAGGAUGCCAAGGCUGAGGGAAAACCCCAUGACCCGCUGUCCAUGGAAGAUGUCUUCCGCAGCACACAGAAAUGGCUGGCCAGCACUACCAAUGGAAUCGACAGCGAGGACUCCAAAUUAGUUGAACAGGUGCAAGUGUUGCAUGCCGAGAUGGUCCAUUGGAUCAUACAGGUGCUGCUGCGUCUGGCGCCCAACCAACCCAACAGCCCGCCGGAGGCUGUGGAGAGUAGUAUGGCGACCACAGACACCAUCGCCCAGAUUCAGGAGAAGGCGGCAGUCAUAUUUGAUAAGCUGACGAGAUUCACCAAUUACAUAACUGGAUGCUGCUCCAACAUUGUGGCAGAGGAAGUGCAGAGGAGACAGGACGAGGGAGCUGAGGAUGCAGAUCAUGAACUACGUGAUCUGAAAAAACUCAAGAGCGAGUGUGCUGACUGGAUUCACACAGCCACCAUACUCAUCGAAGACCUCAAGUGUCUUGACCCCAACUACGUGCCGGUGGCAUCCGCCACACCGGCGACAGGAGAUGAGAAAUUGGAGACGGCAGUCACACCAGCUCCAACCCCUGGGGUCAUCGACGGCGCUGAGCUCAUUCAGUCGGAGGGAACCCCUAGCCAGACUCCAGCACCAACCAUCCUGUCAGACACACAGAAAGAUGCAGCCACGUCACCCAAGGUGACGCCAGUCUCCACAGACAAGGAGGAAGUUGCUGAGCCCGCAACCCCAGCCGGCAAAGAGGGGUCAACGGCAGGCAAAGAGGAGGUCAACAUGAGCGAGAUGCAAGCGAUCGGUGAUGACGACAACGUGCGAACUCUGUCACUAGAGGAGCCCAUUCAGCAACCAGAAAAGAUACAGCCACGUAUCUCGGCACUACAAGCGGAGGCUGGACCACGGACCCCGACCCCGGAUCCUCAGAAAGCCUAUGAAGCUCUGAUGGCCGUCAAAACAUUGCAGGGAGAGUUGCUGAUGACUGAGGAGCGUGCCCAGAAGGCAGAGGACAGGGUGGCCGAGCUGGAGCAGGAACUUAAGGAAACGCAGGAGAAGCUACGAGCCCUGGAGAGGAAGAGCGCCACGCCUAAACUCCCGGAGAAGGAGGCCGACGCCUCCAGCGUCAUAAGCAGAGAGGGCAGGGCUGCGGACAUGCCCAACCAGCCAGGCACCGCAUCAUCCCCAACCCCACCCACCCCUACCACCCCUCAUGCAGCCAUGGCACAGGACACACCCCCGUCCACUCCCGGGCGGAGACCAGCCUCCCAACAUCAACCGUCCCGCCCACUCUCACAGGCCUCAUCGAGGUCAGGGGUGGGGUCCCGGGGCUCAUCAAGGUCAAAGAAGAGCAAAUGAUUUUAAUGACAAAGAAUGCUCUGGACUUUUUAUAGAUCCGUGUAAAAUAUAGAUGUAUUUUGCACAGAAAUGGUCACAUUUUUCUCCAGUAAACAGAUGAUUUUCACGUCUGUUGCCUGGAUGCGACACAUUUUCUUCACAAAACAUAAAAAAGACUGCAUUAAACAGAAAUCGACAAGAUUUGAAGAUAUGUAUAUAGAUUUUUAAUUUACUUCCAAAUCAAUUCAAAUGAGUGUCUUAAUAUUCCAUGACUGGGUGAUUUAUUUCAGGAUCUGAAUAAUCUGUAAAUAAUUUCUUAAGUUCUUCCCUUUUAAGAUGGCCUGUGUACCUGUACGGAACUUCUUUCAUAUACCAAGUCAUUAUGUACAUUGAAGUGUGGAUUUUGAAUUUAGUUUGUGUAUGCUCUAUGAUUUGCCAUGAUAGAAAUGUGGUAUGGUUUUCAGGUUUAUUUCCGUCCAACACUCAAAGUUACCAUGUCCCCAUCCAUUUUGAGAGGUUUUUGUACAGUUUGUUGCAGAUCUUUUAAAUUAAAACUCCGUCCAUCAUUCAAAUAUCAUGAGA